AUGAUCUUUAUUAUCUCCAUCAUCAUCAUUAUCUCCAUCAUCAUCAUCUUCAAUAUCUCCACCAUCAUCAUCAUCACCAUCAUCAUCAUUAUCUCCAUCAUCAUCAUCAUCAUCAUCAUCCCCAUCAUCACCAUCAUCACCAUCAUCUCCAUCACCAUCAUCUUCAUCAUCAUCUUCAUCAUCAUCAUCAUCUCCAUCAUCAUCACCAUAAUCAUCAUCUUCAUCUUCAUCAUCUCCAUCACCAUAAUCAUCUUCAUCAUUAUCCCCAUCAUCAUCAUUAUCUCCAUCAUCAUCAUUAUCUCCAUCAUCUUCAUCAUCUUCAUUAUCUCCAUCAUCAUCAUUAUCUCCAUCAUCAUCAUCUUCAAUAUCUCCACCAUCAUCAUCAUCAUUAUCUCCAUCAUCAUCAUCACCAUCAUCAUCCCCAUCAUCACCAUCAUCUCCAUCAUCACCAUCACCAUCAUCUUCAUCAUCAUAAACAUCAUCAUCAUCAUCUCCAUCAUCAUCACCAUAAUCAUCAUCUUAAUUAUCUCCAUCAUCUUCAUCAUCUCCAUCAUCUUCAUCUUAAUCAUCUCCAUCACCAUAAUCAUCAUCAUCUUCAUCAUCAUCCCCAUCAUCAUCAUUAUCUCCAUCAUCAUUAUCUCCAUCAUCUUCAUUAUCAUCAUCAUCUUCAUUAUCUCCAUCAUCAUCAUCUUCAUUAUUUCCAUCAUCAUCAUCACCACCAUCAUCAUCAUCUUCAUCAUCAUCUCCAUCAUCAUCACCAUCAUCAUCUUCAUCAUCUCCAUCUUCAUCAUCAUCUUCAUCAUCUCCAUCAUCUCCAUCAUCAUCGUCAUCUUCAUCAUCUCCAUCAUCUUCAUCAUCACCAUCAUCAUCAUCACCAUCAACAUCAUCAUCUUCAUCAUCAUCAUCUCCAUCAUCAUCACCAUAAUCUUCAUCAUCAUCUUCAUCAUGAUCUUCAUUAUCUCCAUCAUCAUCAUUAUCUCCAUCAUCUUCAUCAUCAUCAUCAUUAUCUCCAUCAUCAUCAUCACCAUCAUCAUUAUCUUCAUCAUCAUCAUCAUGAUCUCCAUCAUCAUCAUCAUUAUCUCCAUCAUCUUCAUCAUCUCCAUCAUCAUCAUCAUCUUCAUCAUCUCCAUCAUCAUUAUCUCCAUCAUCAUCAUCAUCAUCAUCAUCAUCAUCAUCAUCAUAUUCAUCUUCUUAAUCUUCAUCAUCUUCAUUGAGCCAGUCCCCCCUCGCCUCCUCUCCUCUGUAGCCUCCUCUCUCCUCUGUGUCCUCCUCUCUCCUCUUUGUCCUCCUCUCUCCUCUGUGUCUUCCUCUCUCCUGUGUCCUCCUCUCUCCUCAGUGUCUUCCUCUCUCCUCUGUGUCCUCCUCUCUCCUCUGUGUCCUCCUCUCUCCUCUGUGUCUUCCUCUCUCCUCUUUGUCCUCCUCUCUCCUCUGUGUCUUCCUCUCUCCUCUGUGUCCUCCUCUCUCCUCUGUGUCCUCCUCUCUCCUCUGUGUCCUCCUCUCUCCUCUGUAGCUUCCUCUCUCCUCUGUGUCCUCCUCUCUCCUCUGUGUCCUCCUCUCUCCUCUGUGUCAUCCUCUCUCCUCUGUAGCUUCCUCUCUCCUCUGUGUCUUCCUCUCUCCUCUGUGUCUUCCUCUAUCCUCUGUGUCCUCCUCUCUCCUCUGUGUCCUCCUCUCUCCUCUGUGUCCUCCUUUCUCCUCUGUGUCCUCCUCUCUCCUCUGUGUCCUCCUCUCUCCUCUUUGUCCUCCACUCUCCUCUUUGACCUCCUCUCUCCUCUGUGUCCUCCUCUCUCCUCUGUGUCCUCCUCUCUCCUCUGUAGCUUCCUCUCUCCUCUGUGUCCUCCUCUCUCCUCUGUGUCCUCCUCUCUCCUCUGUAGCUUCCUCUCUCCUCUGUGUCCUCCUCUCUCCUCUGUGUCCUCCUCUCUCCUCUGUGUCCUCCUCUCUCCUCUGUGUCCUCCUCUCUCCUCUGUGUCCUCCUCUCUCCUCUGUAGCUUCCUCUCUCCUCUGUGUCCUCCUCUCUCCUCUGUGUCUUCCUCUCUCCUCUGUGUCCUCCUCUCUCCUCUGUGUCCUCCUCUCUCCUCUGUGUCCUCCUCUCUCCUCUGA